AUGGCAUCACGGCUAAAGUUAAGCACUCUCUGUAACAUCGCGAAUAGAAAAGUCUGUCCCAAGAAACAGUCGAUUGAUGCACGGACGUGGCCGGUCGAAGGUUUUGGGCACAUGACGCACAGGCCCCUGGCAUCCAGAGAGGUCACUGUUGGCAGAGAAACAACCCUGGGUGUACGUGUAAUCGCGAGGAUACGGUUCAAGGUACCCAUCUGCCGCCCUGCCGGCCGAGCUCAGACCAACGCCGAAAGACAAAUUUUGGAGUGUGACGAUCGAUCUGGAUCUUUUGGUUGCAACCGUGCUGAAGCCAAGCUCAAGCUUUAUUGCAAUUAUCUCGUCAAAACAUCUGCCGUGGAGCCCAAGAGCCCAACUUUCUAUCUUUGUUGA